AUGAAGAAACUAUUGCUAAUCUUGUUGUUAUCAAGUCUAUCAUACAUGGAGUCAGCUAAAAUUUUAGCACUUUUCGCUACGCCUUCACCAAGUCAUCAAAUGGUAUUUCGAAGUUUAACUCUGGAAUUAGCCAGAAGAGGACACGAAUUAGUUGUAAUCACACCUAGUCCUGCUUUCAAAGAAAACGAGGCGCCUGAAAAUUACAAAGAGAUCAGUGUUAGAAAUAAAUCUCAAGAAGCAUGGAAGAAGAAACCUAUUAAUUCUGGUUUAAGUGGUGAAUCAGCCGCAAAAAUUGUUUUAGGAGCUCAGGUUGAAAUUGUCAAUGCACUAUUCUUUGAAUAUUUGAAAAGCGAUGAUGUAAAACGACUAAUAGAAGAUGCAAAUGCUAAGUUUGAUUUGCUUAUUCUAGAGGGAUGGUUUCGACCUAGUAUUGCGUUUGCGUAUAAAUUUAAAAUACCUGUUAUUAGAUUCAGCUCAUUUGGUACUGGUUUUAAUGAAUAUGAAAAUAUUGGUACCGGUCGACAUCCUAUAUUGAACCCUAGCAUAUUUAGUACUAAAUUAAACGAUAACACAUUUUGGCGAGAAGUUUCACUGUUGUACGAUAGUUUCUUUCACGCGAACCUACAUAAAUGUAACGACUACAAAAACGAUGUACAUCUGCGUCAAUAUUUUGGUGCUGAUCUUCCUAGUCUGAGGGAGUUGAUGAAGAAUGUGGAUAUAUUCCUGGUAAAUGUGCAUCGUAUCUGGGAAAUGUAUGUACCGACUCCGCUGAGUGUGGUACACGUUGGUGGCAUUCACUUGAAUGCAGAAAAGAAAUUGCCGGAGGACUUGAAAUCCUAUUUGGACUCUUUGUCAAAUGAUGUCAUUUACAUAAGUUUCGGCACCAAUGUGGAGACGUCUUGGUUACCAGCCAAACAACUGAACAUUAUGGUGGAAGUGCUGUCCAGCCUUCCAUACCAAGUUAUCUGGAAGUGGAAUGAGGACGAGUUACCUGGACGAACUGAGAACAUCAACAUAUCUAAGUGGUUACCCCAAGAAGCUCUUCUAAAGCACCCAAAGGUCAAGUUGUUCAUAACCCAUGGGGGAUUGCAAUCAACACAAGAAGCUAUAGCCGCUGCCGUGCCUCUACUAGGCAUGCCACUCAAUAUCGAUCAAUUUUACAAUGUAGAAACUUAUAUUAAACUGAAAAUAGGCUUACGAGCAGAUUUAAAAACAUUGACUAAAGAACAAUUCAGACAUGGUGUAAAUACUAUUUUGAAAGAUAAAAGUUACCACGAGAAUGUUGUAGCACUUCGUGCACGAUUGCACGACCAGCCACAGAAUCCCGUCCAACGAGCCGCGUGGUGGACGGAACAUGUCCUGAGGUACGGAGGCGGGCACCUACGAGCUCCCGCCGCUGGCAUGCAUUGGGCACGCUACCACGAACUCGACUUAAUCGCAAUUCUCGUCGCAAUUUUAAUUAUAACCGUCAUUCUCACCGCUAUCUGCAUUUACUAUUCUCUAACAUUCCUUUCGAUGUAUUUGAAGAAAUUUCUAGUCGAUAUUAUUGUAUUUAAGUAA